AUGGCCACAUCCACCCAGAAGCGUCUUCAUAUAAUGCCAUCCAAUGAUAUCAAACAAGAUGAUAAUUUCAACCAGGAAGUCUUCAACCAAUCCCUCGCCCUAUCGCGCAGUCGUCUGAAUGAAUCCACCGAAAUCCAAUGCAUGCUCUUCCGCCUGGGGGACUCACUUGAGCCUUCUCAUCAAAGUUUGACCAAGGCCCAAAUCGCCGAGGACUAUGAUCUGGAUGGGCGAGAUUUGCGAAACAUUGAUCUUGUCUCCGCGGGCUUUCCCCAUCUCCUGGUCCGCCCGAAUACCAUCUUCAUCAGUUUUUUCAGUUUACGGCUUCUGGUCAAAUCGGAUCAAGUGCUACUAGUCCUCCUGGAGCCAGAAGACAACGAAGUUCGCAUUCAAGAUGUUCUAUUGAAAGAUUUACGAAGCAGGCUACAGGGCAACCCUGAGUUCGGGCUCAGCCUCUCCGGCAAGCUGCCAUUCGAGCACCGGGUCCUCGACGCAGCACUCGCGGCUGUCAUCGCGACACUGGAGGCGGAAAAUGUUUUGAUUAGACGCGAUGCCGAGCAGAGUCUGUCCGCUUCUCAACAGGAAGAUUCCGUUCAUUCCGCUCUCCGAAGGCUUCGACACCAUGGAAAGAGACUGGUCAAUACAGAGUCGCGUGCUCGUCAAGUGCGCUCGGCUUUACAAGAGGUCCUCGGUAAUGAUGAGGACAUGGCGAUGAUGUAUUUAUCCGAUCGCAAAGCCGGCCACGCGCAUCUAUCGGCCGAUCAUCAAGAGGUGGAGUAUCUGCUGGAGGCCUAUUAUAAAAACGCGGAUGCAAUUGCGGAAUCCGCCAACGCCUUGAUUGGCGACGUGAAUCGGACGGUAGACACAAUCCAGUCUGUUCUCGAUAUUCGGCGGAAUGAAAUUAUGAUCUUCGAGGCUCAGCUGGAAAUCUGGAUGUUGGGGUUUGCCGUGUCUACCUUUGUGGCUGGCCUCUUUGGAAUGAACGUGAUCAACUCCUUUGAGGAGAGCGUCCCUGCCUUUGGGGUCCUGGUAUCGGGAUGCAUGCUCAGCACUAUAUUGAUCGGUCGGUAUGGCAUUAGGAAGCUGAAAAAGUUCCGUAGACCUCAGCUUUAA